AUGGCACCAGGCUCACAGGCUUCCAUUAUCAAGGUUGCCGGUGCGGGUUUUCGCCUCUCACUGCUCCUCAAUGCUGCCGCUUGUCAACUCGCUCAGUCUAGACUGGAGAUUCAUAGUAUCGCCAAGGGAAUCUCGCUUUUCGCUCUGGUGCUCAAAAAUGUCGGGCAGAUCAUUGAGGGCACUGAUACGGAACGGUCUCCCGAGGCGACAGAGAAGGCAUGGGAGAUCUCCGGACAAGGCCAGAUGAUAUUCAUCGAAAUCGAACACAUGCUGGACAAACUGAAGGCAACCGAUAGAGACAAUGAUCUUAUGAGAAUCCCACUGCAGGAUAGACUCAAAUGGUGUUUCCGGAAACAGCAUGUCACCUAUUUGCUAGCCCAGUUGGAAACUCUCAAGCUCAGUCUGAUUGUGAUGCUACAGACUCUAGAGCUUGGGGACGUUUUGAAAUCCAGUAUUGACGACGGAAUUGCUACUAAUUCCUUUACAGCCACUACCAACGAUGCCAUUGCUCAGGAGAAAGCUGAAUCUCAGAACAUGAUCAUCGUCCGAUAUUGGUCUGUCAAACGCCUUGAUCGCUUGUGGGAUCUCGUGGAACAGGAGACUUUAGAUGCUGCCAAGAACCCGACAAACCAGAAAAUCAGUUUCAAUUACUCGUCCAAUACGACAUCGAUAUCGAAGCCAUUUGCUGCCGCAACCAGACACUCGGAUCCAACAAGACUGCCCAUCAUCGCUUUGGGGAAUAGUGACGUGGAACUGAGUGAUAUGGAAAGAUCCCCGAAAGAUAUGGUGCGACUAUCUGAGAGCACGUUGAACCGGCUGCUUUCACUCUGGGUGCCUUCGAUUGACCCUUCAAAACUACACCAUGCCGCCAAGGGCUUUAAUACAUCCAACAACCGAGUUCAACCUCGAGUCUACGUCUCUUCGGAUGCCGAAGAAGAUGAUACCGAAGAGCCGGGCUUUGAUAAUCACAGCAUCCGAGGUUACUACCUCGAAGGAGCAACAGUGGACUGGAGAGACCCCCAUUCACAAGAGGCCCGACAUCAUGCAGCAGAGCUACGCCGAAAGUACUCCAGCUACCAAGCUCAAGUGGAAAGCGAACCAGAGCCGGACGAAUAUCUCAAGCGUCGAUCCAGCCCCCGCAGCGACUCGAGAGUCAUCGACUCAAGUGACGAAGGCGAGCAGAGACCCGACACUCUUCGACCCUCACACAGCACCAACCCUAUGCAAGGCCGCAGUUUCCAUUCCAACAGCGUCUCAUCCAGAUAUCCGAGUCAUAACAAUCCCGACAGUAGACCCCCCGCAUACCCAAGCGGCAGUUUCCCACCCCCGAACCAUGCUCUACCCCGACCUCCACCAUUACCUUCACACACACAGCCGGGUCCCCCCCAGCAGCCAUACAAAUACUACCAAAACCAAGACUACGCUGCAAUCCCCCGAUCCAUCCCAACAAACGUGAACCAAUCAAACCCAGCCAUCAACAUUCCCAAUUCCAACCCCUCUCCCAGAGGCACAUCGCCAAGCCAAGUCUACUUCGAGCCCCCCAAGACUCGAAACCAGGCAUACAACAAUAUUCCCAACAACAACAAACUCCAACCCCGCCACCAUCCAUCCACAUACCCGCUUUCCUCCUCGUCCCCCGAGUCUAGCUUCCGAUCCUCGCCGACUCGCUCAGAUCAAAGGUCCCCGUCGACGCACCCACGCCGAUCCCCGCGUGAAGAUGCCAAGGAUCGUCGUAAGGCGUUGACUCGAAAUGCUACAAGGGGAUUGGUGGGGAUUGGGGCUAUUGCUGGGUUUAUGGAUGCGUUGGAAGCGUUUUCAAUUCUAUGA